ACGAGCCUGGCAGGGUAAACUGAACUCCUUCUUCUCGGCAUGCAGUCAGAGCAGGAGGGGUGUCAGGGCUCACUUGGGAGCCAACCUUGGGAGGAUAAUUUGGGGGAAUUCUUGCUGCCUGCUGAUCAGUUCAAGAUUCCUGCCUAGAAAUCUCCACUGGGUGAACUCCCGUCAGCUGAGCAGAAUGAAGCUGUUGGUUUGUGUCUUCCUGGCCUCUCUUGCUGCUGCUACUGCUACUGCACAUCUACAGACAGACCCGACGCUGGAUAACCACUGGGAGCUCUGGAAGAAAACCUAUGGCAAACAAUACAGCCACAAGAAAGAGGAAGGGGAACGGCGCGUGACCUGGGAAAAGAACCUCAAGCUCGUUAUGCUGCAUAACCUCGAGCACUCACUGGGGCUGCAUUCCUAUGAGCUGGGCAUGAACCACCUGGCAGACAUGGUAAGUUUAAAAAAAAAUAUCGUUACAGACCAAAACGGAACAUGUCACUAUAACCCUGCCACGCGAGCCGCCACCUGCUCUAAGUUCGUUGAGCUCCCGUAUGCCGAUGAAGCAGCCCUGAAGGAUGCCGUAGCCAAUAUCGGACCUGUGUCCGUCAUCAUAGAUGCGGCACAGCCUUCGUUUUUCCUGUAUAAGUCAGGAGUCUACGAUGAUCCACGUUGCACUCGUGACACGAAUCAUGCAGUUCUAGUUAUCGGCUAUGGCACCCUGGAUGGGAAGGACUUUUGGCUUGUGAAAAACAGUUGGGGCAUAAAGUUCGGUGACAAAGGGUACAUUCGAAUGUCCAGGAACAAAGGAAACCAAUGUGGGAUUGCCAGCUACGGUUCUUAUCCACAAAUAUAGAGGGACGCUCUGCUUCAGACUGCACUCUUGAGAUGUGGUCUCUUAAACUGCUAAUCUUAGCCUUGCUGUAAUCUAGCUGCUCUGUUUGAGAACAAUGUACAGGCUCCAAUGGCAAAAUCCUCCCAUCAGAUCCAUCUGACGGAUCUGAGAUAAGCAGCCAAAAUGGUGAAUGAUCAUGAUUAGUCUGGUCCAGAUUUUGGGCACUUUUAGCUCACUCUCCCUAUCCCGCAGGGGUGUUUGUAAUUGAUUAAUGUCUGUGCAUUGCUUUGCGCAUGUGAAGUGCUAUUUCAGUGCCAAGUAUUGUCACUGCCGCUGUCUCAAAAUGUAUUGGAGUGAAGGCCGUGUUGCUAGUCCACGCUGUUAGUGGAGUGGUAGAGUUGCCGAAGCCACGUCAGAGGUGGAGAGGCGAAGAAGAUGGAGCAAUACAUCCUAGCCACAUGUAUCAAUUUUCCACAAUACAGGUCACAAAGCAAUCAUUAGCAACCCGAG